AUGAUUCUCACUCAGCGCAUAAUGGUAUCGUUCGUGAUUUUAGUAAUCCACAAUGGUCGUGAUUAUGGCAACGGGUUCUUAGAUAUUAUUCGGAUCUCCAUAGGUUCUGGAAUAGAUGCGCCGUUAGAUAAAUUACUGAUCCGCGUUACUUUUAUCAUGACAACUUUGUUAUUUUUUGUGGUCACUCCAGAUAUACAAGGUCAAAUUUUCUCCUACUCGACUAAACCUGAACGGUCUUACCCUCAAAAUUUAAAAGAUUUGGGAGACUUUAAGUUCAAUAUUUAUUAUCCCAAGCCCCUCAAAGAUUUUAUUCUAGAUCAAAAAUUAGUUUGGAAUUUGAAUAAAACGUAUUUGCGACCAUUCACUUAUCAUCCGUCAACUUGCCACGAUAAAGUUUUAAAGGACAGUUCUAAUGCUUGUCUGACUAGUUCAAUUGAACCAUUUUCAGGCAAUGUGUAA